AUGCCGGGGGAAAGUUCGGCACGCGCCGACAGCGCUGUGUACAACAGCCAAACGCAGAGGCGGCAGCAUACGCAUAGCCAGGGCAUGACGGCCGGCGAUGUGGACAUAUCUCAUGAAGAAGACGCCGCCAACAUCCAGGAUGCGAACAUCUCGACGGUGUUCGAUUUCUUCCUGCGCUCGUACGUCGCCGAGGGCGAGCAGGCCUACGACGAGGACCUCGAAGAGUUCGACGACUCCUUGUCCGACGACGAGGACACCACUGGAACGUACUGCCUGAAUGGAGACACGAGCAAGCCGCUGUUCUACAUGAAACGCAUAUUCACGCUCGUGUCCCGCAUGUCGCAUUUUUCCGAGGUCCUAGUUGUUCACCUCGAUCAUGUGCUCAACUGGCGGCCGCCGCAGAAUGAGGCGAGUCUGAAUCUGAACAUGCAGCUCUACAAGUACCUGGUGAAGCAUUUUCUCAGGGUUCAGGAUGCAUUGGAGGACAAGCUGCAGGGCAUCGUGGACUCGAUAGCGCAAUCGCUGAAUCGGGAGUCGAAGAAACUGUUUUUGCAGUUCCUGCAUUCCCCGAGCGUCAUACACCCGUUGAAGGAAGUCCGGUGCCACAUGAUUGGCGAGCUCAUUGCCAUACGGGGACAGGUUACGCGCACGUCCGACGUUCGGCCUGAGUUGAUACGUGGCACUUUCAAGUGCAAGGCGUGCGGCAAUACAAUCGAAAACGUCAGGCAGAACUUCAAGUACACUGUCCCGGUAAAAUGCACGUCCAAUAACUGUCUCAACAUGCGCGACUGGGAACUGGUGAUGGAGCAGUCCUUGUUCUGCGACUGGCAGAAGGUGCGUAUACAGGAAAUGGCCCAGGAAUCGGAUACUAGCGCCAUGCCGCGUUCUAUUGAUGUGAUAUUGCGCCACCGCAGUGUCGACAGACUGAAUGCAGGUGACCGUGUCAUCAUAUCCGGCACGCUUAUCGUCCUCCCGGAUGUGCCAACACUCCUCAAGCCCGGUGAGAUGCCACGAAAGGUCAACAAGCAGUCGAUGAGGCGCUUCGAAUCCUAUCUUAUCUCGCAGGGGCUGACGGGUAUUAAGGGCGUAGGAGUCAAGGAUUUGAACCACAAGCUCUCCUUCCUGGCCACCCAGGUGCGCCGUGUCAACGACUUCAAGUCCACCGCUGGGGACGUCAUCGACACGACCAGUGAUGUACAGGUGCGUGCCGAUGAUAUUCUGAACCUGUCGAACUUCGACUGGAUCCGCCGUGUGGCGCGGGGACACAACACGGUCGAGCGUCUAGCUUCCUGCAUAGCCCCUAAAAUAUGGGGGCAUUCAGAGAUCAAGAAGGGCAUACUGCUCAUGAUGGUGGGGGGUGUGCACAAGUCCUCGAGUAACACCAAGUUGCGUGGUGAUAUCAACGUGUGCCUCGUGGGUGACCCCUCCACUGCCAAGAGCCAGUUCCUCAAGUUCGUGGAGAGUUUUGCUCCUCGCGCUAUCUACACGUCUGGCAAAGGGUCUACUGCGGCGGGGCUCACUGCGGCUGUGCACCGUGAUCCUGACAGCGGUGAAUUCGUCCUGGAGGCGGGUGCGCUGAUGUACGCCGACCUAGGCAUAUGCUGCAUCGACGAAUUUGAUAAGAUGAACGAUCGGGACCGUGUGGCAAUACACGAGGCCAUGGAACAGCAGACCAUUUCAAUCGCCAAGGCAGGCAUACAGGCGACACUCAACGCUCGAGCGUCCGUACUUGCCGUAUGCAACCCGCGUUACGGGCGCUACGACACUAGCAAGUCCUUCGCAAGCAAUGUUAACUUGCCUCCGCCGCUGCUCUCGCGUUUCGACCUGCUAUACACCAUGCAAGACGAGGCAGACGAGAUGGUGGAUGCCAAAAUUGCGUGGCAUAUCACAGGCCUGCACGGGCCCGGUGUAUAUAAGAGCAGCGAUCUCAUCGAAGAUCAUGCGGAAAUCGAACACCAGGAGUCUCCGUUCGACCAGGAAUUUAAUCCGCCCCUAACUCUGGAUGAGCUGAAGCUUUAUAUCGAAUUGGCAAAACGCAUUAAGCCGCUGAUGCAGGACGCUGCUAAACACAAACUGGCGCAGUAUUACGUAGGGCUACGUAACGGAGAUGCGCAAUCAACCAAGCGCUCGUUGCGCAUGACAGUGCGGCAACUGGAAUCCCUGAUUCGACUAAGUGAGGCAAUUGCCAGACUUAAGUUCUCCGACUUCGUUGAGGAAUCGCAUGUGGAAGAGGCGUACAAUAUAUUCAAAUCCUCGCUACUUAGGCUGUCGAACAAGGAUCUCGUGGUGCUCGACGAGGAACGUGCUCGUACCGACGAUGUGGAUGACGGUGACGAAGAAUGGACCACGUCAACCCGCCGCAGGCACGGUGCUGAAACGGGCGCCGAUGAACCAUCUGCCACUGCACACGCUGAUCUCAUGAAGAUCAGCAUGAGCGAGUACGAGGCAAUCUCAGCAGUUCUCUUGGACCACGUCAGCGAAAAUCAGUUGAUGGAAAAUGAGAUCGCUUCCAACGAGCUGGUUGAGUGGUACAUCCAGAACGUUGUCGUUCCCCGCACGCCUGAAGACGCAGACGCGUGGAAUCUUAGGCUGCAGCGCGUCGUGCACCGUCUAUUGUAUGUAGACAAGAAACUGUUAGCACGCAGGGUCCAGACCGACAUCCCCAACGUCUUCCGAUUGCGGGUGCACCCCAACUACUACUCGUCGGCGCACGUAUGGCGUAGAGACACCAUGGCUGAGGAGCAGGACGUCGCAUCGGUCGAUGAAGACGAUCAUUCCGCAGCCGUUGCCUCUGAUGUCGAUGACGUAGAGGUCAUUGAACCGACCGAGGAAACGUUAUGA